AUGCCGUAUUGCGAUUCUAUGCCGUUAUCUUCGACAAUCGUGGAGGAUACGAGCGAGGAUGAUGGUAGCAGCAGCCAGCAGGACGACGAGUAUGCAAGCAACACGGUGCAGGGACAAGGAUUCGGUAAUACGCAUCUGAGUCUCAGCGAGGGAGAUGAUGGAGAAGAAAACGACGAUCAGGACCAGGACGGCUAUGAGGAAGACUAUACCACAGAUGAUCUUGACGAAGACGAGGAUGCCGUAGACCUGGUCUACACCGUCGAGGCGCUGCGACAAUUAGGUGUUGAUUGGUUAGAGCAUCCUGAGUACGCGACUCAUCGAUUGAUCGUUUCGCAGGACAACACCUUGGACACGACUAAGCAUGCACCGGUAGCAGAGCAGUACUAUCAUAUUAUGGCACAGUUUAUUAUCCCGGCUUCUGCAAUCUUUCGGGAUGUAAUUCUCAUGGGAAAAGAAGGUCAGGAUCAAGAUCAAGACCAGGACAUUGGCGACCUAGAUGACGACGCUGAGGACGAUGAUGAUGGGUCUCGAGAACGAGAACAGCAGCGAUUGUCCUGCUUGCGAAUGGUGCCAGAAUCCGAGGCGUCAGAUAUCCACUUCCCGCAGCCGACGCAGGGUCGGCCUCUUCCAGAAGGCAUAGCAGCCCUUCCUUUCUUACAGGCCACUGCCACGUCCGGCAGCGAGCACGAGAGCGACGGCAACGUUACCAGGGUCACCCCACUUCCGCUUCUCCAUCUGCACAUCCCUCACCCCGAACACUUCCCCGAGCUUUUAAAAGCAAUCUACGAUGGAAACCUGGCACGAUGGGAACAAGACACCUUCCGUCCAGAGACCAUCGGUCCCAUCACUCAGAAUGUCGACCGUCUCGAAUGUGCAACCGCUCUAACGUUGCGCUGUCUCAAGUACUUUUACAGGGUCCGGUCGACCUUGGCGGAAGAGCAGAUUGAGGAUGAGUCUAUGGAUGCGCUAAACGAACUUUUUGAGCGGGCCAUGAAAGCCAAUCUGCUUGAACCUGUCAUCGAAGAGUAG